CGGGCUUGGGGAACCCAUUCCUGUUUCUCUAGGUUCUCUACCUUCGACGCCUACCUACAUCACUUAUUUGUAUGUAAUAAUGCGUCCGUUCAAAGAGGACAAAAAGAAACCUCCCCCCGAUGCCGGUCCUUGCCGAUUGAUGCCACUCCAUACCAGAUCCUGUCCCAUGCCAGAGUCCAGACGGGUCAUUGCUAUUUCUACGCUGUCCUUCGCACCGUAUAUCGGCGGUGGCGUGUACUGUGAGGUGGAUGAAUGGAUGGGUGGCUCAGGGAUGGCUAACGGAAAGUCUUUGAGAGCCAAAGGAAAAGCCAAAGCCAGAGGCCAAAGCGAAGCCAGAAAGCAGAGGCGACGGUAAAAGCAAGCUAGUGGAUCCCAAACCUCUCCAUCGGAUACGCCAUGGCUGCACGUUUUCUCUGCGGCCGUCUCGUCUCAUCUCGUCUCGGUCUGGUCUCAUCGGUUGGUCGUCGAUAACGUAGUGGUAGUUCUAUUCUCCACCUGCGAGUCUAUCCCUCCGCAAGUGAGCAGGCGUGUACGCAGUAUCCCGUAUAUAAAUGUCUAAUUGCUGCAUUUGCCUCGCAUGGCUGUGUUCGUCUUUCCCAGACACACGCGCAGGCGUACAGAUUCGCA